AUGCGCGCUAAAGCUGGUCUUGUUGUUGGGUGGAAGUUUGAUGUUGAUUGGGGAGAGAAUUUUAUCCGGCAGUUUGAGAGUUGGACAAUUAUGGCGGCGCCCGGAUCGCCGCAUCUGUUGAUGGUUAUCAAUGAUAUUAUGGAUGGAAUUCGUCAGAAGACGAAGGAGUAUCAGGUUCCGGUUUCGGGAUUGACUUUGGACAUGACGGGUGAUGUGAUUGACUUUACGGGGCCAGGACGUCUUGACUCGUGGGGUUUUGAAGAGCUUGGAAUUGGCUCACAAUGA